UGUGAUUGGCCCCAUCGAGAUCAGCGCGCGACUCGGGGGGACGAAAAGAAGUGAGCUGAUGUCUGAGAGGAAAGUCAUUAUUAUACAUGAACAACACGUUACCACGCUAUAAAUGCUCACUAACACUGUCCCUUCCUGAGAGCGGGGGGGUUUGUAUUGCUGGAUGGAACCCAGUCAGUCGUUUGGGUCUCCGCUUCAGCUUUAUGGUGUCGGUUUAAGUUUCUUUGGCCGCGUUUAUGAAGCUCAGUGUCCGACGUCGUCGUUCUUGUAGUGUUUGUGCUGCAGCCUGAACUGCAGCAGGAUGGACUGCGUUACGACUGGAGGAAACGUCAAAGUGCUGGCGAAAGCAAUACACUCCCUUUCAAGGAUUGGAGAGGAACUUUACUUGGAGCCUGUUGAAGAUGGGUUAACUCUACGUGCCGUGAACUCUUCCAGAUCAGCUUUUGCAUGUUUCCUGCUCUCUCCGCUCUUCUUCCAGCGUUACCAGACCCCGUCUGACCAAAUGUUUCGCUGCAAAAUGCCCAUCAGGAGCAUGCUGACAGUGUUCAGGUCUCUGUCCUCUCUGGAACGCUCUGUAGAGAAGUGCCGCAUUGAGUUGAACAGUAAGAGGAGUCGUCUGACUGUCACUCUACACUGCAGACAUGGGCUUUUAAAGACACAUAACCUGUCCUUUCAGGACUGUGAGAGCUUACAAGCAGUGUUUGACAAAGACAGCUAUGCUAAUAUACUGCGAGCCCAGCCCAGGCUGUGGGUGGAUACAGUUCUGCACUUCCCUCCAUCACUGGAAGAAGUGAAUGUUUCUGUGAAUGGUGAGCGAGUAUGGCUCAGGAACCAUGUUGAAGAUGAUGCAGAUACAUCACGAGCAAUGAUGACUGAGUUGUGUUUGAGUUCAGAGGAGUUUGAUCACUUUGCUCUCAGCUCUCAGACCAGCAUCACCUUCUGCCUCAAGGAGUUCAGGGGGUUGCUGGUAUUUGCUGAGUCGUCUGGUCUUCCUGUCUCAAUGCACUUUGAUGAGCCUGGCAGCCCUGUUGUCCUGAGUGUAUCGGACACUGUUCUGGAGGCUAACUUUGUACUUGCCACUCUGUCAGAGGAUUCACAUCAACGCAACCAUAACAACAACAAGGCUGAGAGACCCCAGGCCCUGCCCGAACCAGACGACUUCAUGAGUGAUGAUAUGGACUCCUAUCUUAUUGCCAUGGAGACCAGUGAUCUUGCUGGGCCGUCUCAUGAGCCUGUAACGGCAUCUUGUUCUACCAAUCACAGGGCACGAUUGCCCAGUGAGGGAGAUGAUGACGAAGAAGAGGAUGAAGAGUCACUAGACAGACCGCCCAAUAAAAAGUUCUGUUCACUUUUCUUUGGCUCCGUGCUGCCUGUGUCCUCCCAGCUGACCAAUCAGACGGUGCAGAGCCAGGAAGUGCUCGCAAGCGACAGCGAGGAUGAGAGACAGGAGGAAUGAUCAUGAUGGCCAGCAGAAAUGCACAUGGAAAGGAUAUGUUCCAGGCAAGAAAAGAGGGAAGGACCAUUUACAAUAGAUACUGGAAAAAAAAUGUUUGUAUAACGGGGACAGAAUCUUCCAAAGCCUCUACAAACAGAGACUAAACCAUCUAUUUGGAAAUCCAGUCUUGCCUUUUUAUUGUUUUUGAAACUGCUAAUGUUUUUUAAAAGCUGGAUCAGUGAUAAACCCACAUGUCACCUCCAGAUCAUUGCACUGAGCUGUCAUUAAAGAUUUACAGCCACAUCUCUGUAA